GGGGCGAGCGCGGGCUGAGCGAGCGCGCCAGACGGCCGGGGAGCUGCGCGCCGGGAGGGUCCCUCUCUGGCGUCUCCAAACGCGCCCUGGGCGCACCGUCCUUUCCUUGGCUCGCCUUGCGCGCGCGGAUCGGCGAGCUCAGGCGCCGGAUGCCGUUCCCCGGCGGCUUGUGGUGGUUGCUGUGCUGCAGGCAAGGCUUCACCUUGCUCCGACGCGACUAUGGCGAGGCAGGCAAAGGGGGGGCGGACGACGACGAAGCCGAGGAGUCCUUCGAAUUGCGCAGCAAAGGCGACGAGGGAGCUCCCUUGCAGGUGAACGUCACUCAACCCAGUCGGACCAGCAGCGGUUCUGAAAGGUCUCUGCCAGUGUCCGAAGAAACGCACAGUCUUAUCACGGAGAAGAAGAGCGGGAGACUGCAAGGAGAACCCGAUGCUAUCGUGAAAGGCUGGCUGCAACGGGAGGUCCGGGGAGGUAUAAAGACCCCUUGGCUGCGUCCUCGCAAGUACUGGUUUGUGCUGACGGAGGAUUCCCUCGACUACUAUAGCGGGUGUGAGGUGACGGCCCGGUGCCUUGGUUCGCUCGUCCUCACCAGUCUCUGUUCUGUGCUGUGGCCUGACAAGCAGACCUACAAGGAAACAGGAUACUGGGCAGUGACUGUCUUUGGCAGAAAGCACUGCUACCGCCUCUACACAGAGCACUUAAACGAAGCUGUGCAUUGGGUUUGCGCCCUGCAGAAGGUCAUCAUCAGCAAGCCCCCCGUGCAGACCCCAACGCAGCUCCUCAUGUGUGACAUUGAGGAGAACCGUAACAGCCCAGAAAUCCUGGAUCAGAUUUAUCAAAAUAACCCCAUCCUGUGCUACACGGCUGGCCCAAUCUACGCGCCUCUGCUACCCUUCCCGUAUGCAGCUCCCGGUGGCCAGGGCUACGCGGGGAUCCGUGACGAAGCUGUCAAGCUGUUCCACUCACUGCAGCAGCUGGAGGGGCUGCGGGACCCGGCCCUUCUCAUGCAGGGGGUGCUGCAGACGUGCCACGACCUCCCCGCCCUGGUGGACGAGAUCUACUGCCAGCUGGUGAAGCAGACCACAGAGCCCCCAGCGCCGGGUGCAGCCGCAGACCUUCGCUACUGGCAGCUGCUUGCUUGCAUGAGCUCCACCUUCAGGCCGUCGCUUCCUGUCCUCUGCUACUUGCAGCUGCACCUCCAGCGGACAGAGAACCAGUUCCCAGCCUCAGAGGCGACUUGGUACGGACGCUUCAUCGCAGAGGCCCUGCACAAGACCAAGGGGCGAGAGUGCGUGCCUUCGCUGGAGGAGAUUGCGGGGCUGAUGGGGCGCCAGGAGACCGAGUGCGGUGUGCAUUGCCCUAGCGUUGCCACCUGCCAUGUGGCCGUCACCUCCCAGACCACAGUCCAGGAGGUGGCCCUGGAGCUGAUGUUGCGCCUGGGCCUGGCGCAUAGCCCCAACUCAUUUGCCCUCUACGAGGAGAGCUGGCAGCACGUGCGCCCCCUGCCGGAGGAUGCCCUGGUGGCAGACGUUCUCACGAGGUUCGAAAGCUCAGCUGGGGAAGAGCCACCCAGGAAGCUCCCUGGCAGACUCUGGUUCAGGCAUUAUGGGUGUCUGAACCUGGACUGCGUCCCCUGCAACAGCCAGGAGUUUGCCGUGCUAUUUGAACAGGGGAUCUCUCGCUGGAGCAUCGUCUGCUGGGCUGUGGGCUCUCCCGCCCGCGGUCAAGCUGCGAGCGGAGUGGAAGCAGCUCCCGUGCAGCCAUUUCCUGGAGACAGCCUCUCUGAUGGGAGUUGCCGCGUGCGAACGGAAACAGAUACAGGGGACGAGGCACGCAGAGAUCAGCCUGGCGGGCACGUGGUCGGCCUUUGGGUCUGUCCUCUGUGAUGCAGAGGUUUAUUUAUCAGGCAAAGGAGGCGGUGCAUCAGGCCCAGCGUAUUCCGCACGGAGCUGCAGGAGGAGACUCCUGCUGUGACCGUCACCAACAGACAAAGGACUGCACUUAACCAAACAGCCAGCGAUGGGACCCUGCCUGCUCUGACUGUUCGCCCUGGCAGCAGCCUUGAAGGCCAGGGAGAUCUAGUGCCUUCCCCAGCCAGACACUUGUAGUGACGAUACCCGUGGUACUUUAUGCUCCUAAGGAGCUGGAAACAUAUGUCCUCUCCUGUGUAGAGGGAUCCCCUUCCCCAACGCGUGUAAAAAUUUAUUUAUAUCGAUAGAUCUCCUUUCCUCCAUUCGGUCUCUCGGAACAAGUAGUUGGCACGCUUCUCUCUUCUGCCCGUAAAGCUGCAGGCGGCUUGACACUGUGCCUAUCGUCUGGUCUGUGCAGGCAGUGCCGUGUUUUAACUCACACAUAAAGAGAUGGUGAAGAACAGCGGAGGACUUGGGAGUGCUAGGUAGCAUCUCCUCCUAUGGCUCUCUCUUGCAAAGCUGUUUUUUUUAAAAAAAACAAAACAAAAUAAAUGUAGUAAACACAAGCCAGUGGCUGCUUA